UUACUACUACUCUUCAGAACAACUUUGUAAUUGUCCCCACAUCAAACAGCACUUCCUACUUCUCUUCUUUCAUUACUUCAUUAUUAUUAUUGUUGUUGUUGUAAUUUUAUUAUCAUUUCUUUUUACAACAAAAUGAAGAACAAGGCUUCUGUUGUCUUGAAACACAUUAUUUCCUGGUUGAGCUCUAUAGGAAAAGCGAAGAGCAGAAUCACCAGGACCGCGAAAGCCCGCCUUGUAAUGCUCUCGCUGAUGACGAAGAGCAAGAAGGUCCUAAUUAUGGACUCACUGUCCCACAAAGUUCACAACCUGCUACGAAAUCGUCACAGCGAGGACGAAGAGGAAUACAAUGUUGAGGACUUAAGCAAGGCCGUAGUCCUUUACAAUGCCAGGGCUAAUGAUCAUGACUACGUUUAUUACGACGACGACGACGGCGAAAAGUAUCCAGAUCUGAGGCACUCGCUAUUUGACGAGUUUGAUGAAGAUGACCAGGAUUUGCAAGGAGGAUCUGUGAUUGAUCUGGUGAGAAACUCCAAGGAAGAAGGAGAGGAUUUCAGCCUGGAAGACGAGAUUGAUCGCGUCGCCGACUUGUUCAUAACGAGGUUCCACAAGCAAAUGCGCUUGCAGAAGCUGGAAUCUUUCAAGAGGUACCAAGAAAUGCUCCAGAGAGGCCUUUGAAUUGUUGCAAGACAAAGAUAACGUAUAUAGAAAAAUGCUAUAUAUAUGUUAUGUAUCGCCCUUGGACAAGUGAUGAUAUAUCAUCACUUUAGAUCGGUUUUUUAAUCGAUUAGAGAUUGACAUGUAAGAUCUAGCGGUGAUGAUUACAGGCGGUGAUAUAUAUUGCGUUAUACUGAAGAUGUAUGUGUAAUGUAACUGAUCUGACAUGGCCUAUUCCAUGUUAUUGUUAACUUCUUAAUUUUUUUUUUUGGCAAAAUUUUAAUGCC